AUGAUUGCUGCAUCGAGUCGCGCAGUGCGGUUUCUUGCGCUCAGUCAACAUAUCACUCGAUUUGCUUCAUCCGCAGCUGCUGCUUCUGCCACAUCAAGUGCCACUAAGGAGUACCCGCAAACCAAAGGUCGUUUUGGUCGUAGCUCACUCACACAGCAGUCGUUAAAAGUAUUUUUUGAGGCUUUAAAAGAGCUACGAAAGCGAACCGGAUACAGCUAUGUGAAUUGUCGCAAAGCAUUGCUUGAGUUUGGGCCAGACCGCCUGGAUGCGGCCAUCAAGUGGUUGCAAGAAAGGGCCAUAAAAGAAGGAUGGGAGAAAGCUGCCAAACUCGGUGAUCGACCAACUAAGCACGGGCUCGUUUCGGUUUUGGUUAGGGGUUCUAAUGCGGCCAUUGUUGAGGUGAACUGUGAAACAGAUUUUGUUGCACGGAAUGAGUCUUUCAAACAGUUGGUUGAGGACGUAGCAGAUGCAGUUUUAAGUAGCGUUGGCCAGAUCAAAACGCAGGAUGGUGCUUUCAGCAUAUGUGAUGCAGAAAUCGCCGAUUUAAGGUCGACAAGAAAUGAUAAGUCAGUAAAGGAUCUGAUUUCGGAGGCAGUUGGAAAACUUGGCGAAAAUAUCACAAUUUCGAAAGCACAGCUUUUAGCUGCACAGCCUGAUGUUCAGCUUUUUGGCUAUGCUCAUCCCCGAGGUUUCAUUCCUGAUUACAUCGGCAAAGGCUCGGGAAUGACAAGUAUGGGUCGGUACGCGUCAGUUAUUGGUCUGCGGCGAUUGAGUGAGGGGCAGUUUGCAACGAAGAAUUUGGGUGAACAGUUAUGCCAGCACAUUGUGGGAAUGAGGACAAAAACAUUGGGUACGCCGCCAACGACAAAAGAAGAAGUGAAGAUACCGGUGAGCGAAGAUAAGAAAUUGGAGGAAGAUGAGUUAAAUGCUUUUUGCGACGAUGAGGUAAAUAUUCCAGUUUACGCUUACGAAAGUUACAUUUCAAUAACACCGUACUGCUUAUUCACUUUGUUUGAGGUAACGCACAUCGAUGAGAACGAAACACAGCUAUUACGGCAAUCAUUCAUGCUUAAUCCGUCGCAGACUGUAUACGAGUAUGUUACGGGACAUGGAGCGAACAUUGUUGAUUUUUAUCGUGUUGAACUCGGUGAGAACUGCAGCGCCCAGGGCAGCAAAUAA